GAAUUUUAACUGAAAUGACAUUAUUAGAAGAAGAAAAAUCAAUCUCUCAUAAAAAUAAAAAACAUCCAUUUUACUUGGCAGUAGUAUUUUGCGUUGUAUGGUAUUUGCUAUUCUAUGUAGCAACGAUUCCCAGUUUCUAUUCUUAUCCUGAAACUAAAUUUAUAAGAGAUGAAGAUAAAUACACCGACCAGUUUAUUGGAGAAAGAGCACAUGCCCAGCUGGUUGGAUUAGCCACCAUUGGCGUAAAAGUUGCUGGAUCACCUGCAAAUGAAAUAACUGCUGUAAAUUAUUUACUUCAAGAAAUAAGUAAAAUCAAAAAUGCUUCUCGUAGUGACCUAUACAAUAUAGACGUUAAUGUACAAAAAGCUUCGGGAGAUUUUCGUUUAAACCGUUUAACCAUCAACUACAAUAACGUCACAAAUAUAGCAGUAAAAAUUGCUACCAAAAAUUCGGAGAGUAAAUCUUUUCUCUUAAUAAAUUCACAUUUUGACAGCGAAAUGGGUUCUCCAGGUGCAGGUGAUGCUGGUGUCAUGAUUGCAAUUAUGCUUGAAACUUUGAGAGUUAUUUCGAUAUCAGAAAGACCUCUGAAAAAUGCAAUUGUCUUUCUAUUAAAUGGUGCCGAAGAAACUAGAUUACUUGGAUCACAUGCAUUUAUUACACAACAUGAAUGGGCUCCGUUUUGCAAGGCACUCAUAAAUCUUGAUUCAGCUGGGUCUGGUGGAAGAGAAGUUCUUUUUCAAACUGGCCCAAAUCAUCCUUGGUUAAUGAAGUAUUAUAGUAAAAGCGCACCUAAUCCAUAUGCAACCACUUUAGCAGAAGAACUCUUUCAAAACAAUUAUAUACCAUCGGAUACAGAUUUUCGUGUUUUUCGAGAUUAUGGAAAUAUACCCGGAUUGGAUAUGGCUCACACUUUAAAUGGAUAUGUAUACCAUACGAAAUAUGACACAAUUACAAACCUUGAAAGAGGAACAUAUCAAACCACCGGUGAGAAUAUACUUGCUUUAGCUUGGGCAUUAGCAAAUGCGGAUGAAAUGCAAAAUACAGAGAUUUAUUCUGAAGGACACACAAUAUUCUACGAUUAUCUUGGAUGGUUUAUGAUAUUCUACAAAGAAUCUACUGGAAUAGCUAUUAACAUUACAUCGUCCGUAUGUGCUCUGAUCGCAAUAUGCGUUUCAAUAUAUAUGACUACAAAGGAAAAAUAUAUCGAAUCGGCUAAGCAUGUUUAUAUGAAAUUUUCCAUAAUCAUAGCAGUUCAAAUUCUUACGGUCUCCGUAGCUAUGGGAGUAACAAUUCUAAUUGGAGUUAUUGUUGACGCUAUGGGUUUGACACAAGCAUGGUACUCAGAAGAGUGGCUUAUAUUUGGAUUAUACUUUUGCCCAAUGUUUUUCACAUUGAGUAUGAUACCUGCUCUCUACAUACACUGGACAAAAAAAAUAACGAGUUUAAAACUUAAUGAUACCAUAGCCUUCUUUAUGCAUACCCAUUGCAUCAUAUUGGUUUUCAUAUGUCUUUUGAUGACUGGACUUAGUAUACGUUCAGCGUUCUUUCCAAUGAUUGCAAUAUUCUUUUACGCGAUAUCAGUAAUUCUAAAUAUUUUGGCCAAGUUUAUAUGCAAAGGAAAAGACUACUUCAUUUGCAUCCACUUAUUGUGUCAACUUUUACCUUUUUGGUAUUACACUUACCUGACUUUUGCUUUUUUAAAAACUUUUAUUCCAAUGCAAGGGCGUGAUGGUGCUACGAGUAACCCGGAACUACUUAUAUCUGGAUUCAGCGCAAUUAUGUCAAUUCACUUCGCCGGUUUUAUAUUGCCAAUUUUACAUAAGUUCAAAAAAUCAAUGACACUUAUAUCCGUUUUCGGUAUAUUGACAAUAAUUUUUGUAAUAAUUGCUGCUACCCCAGCUGGUUUCCCUUAUAAAAAGAACGUUGCUGCACAAAGAUUUUUUGCUUUGCAUUCAAACCGUAUUAUACAUGAUGUUAAUGGAAAUAUAGUCAAAAAUGACUCUGGAUUUUACGUACAACCUGAAGAUACACGUUACGAUUCUUUAGAAAAUUCUGUAUACAAAAAUGCUCUACCGCAGUCAUGGAUGGAGGAAGAAUGUGAGCAGGAACUUAUUUGUGGGCUACCUCUGUACUAUUCAAACUGGCAAACUGAAAGAUUAUACGGUCGUUGGAUUCCCGCAGUACCUAUAAAACCAAUUAUGGAUACUGAGAUUCGUCUCCUAUCCAGGGAAAUCAUUGACUCAACAAAUGUAAAAUACAAUUUUAACGUAAAGUCAUCUGAUCGUUUUAGUUUAUAUGUAGAACCAAUGCAUGAUUUCAAAGUGAAAAACUGGUCUUUCGACACCACAGUUUUGAACAAUUCAUAUAAGCCUCCUUACUAUAUAUAUUACUUUAAUGCAAAAACCGAUAAUUCAGUUCAAUUUUGGAUUCAGAUGCAGCUCAACGAUGUACAACUCGAAGGUCCUGCAAUGAGAAUCGGCAUUGUCACACAUUUUCUAUAUCACAACGAAUAUUACACGGAUGAAUUCAAAGACUUUAUCAAAUCAUUUCCAGAUUGGGCCUACCCCGCUACUUGGACUGCAACUUUUGAAAGCUGGUACUUUUAAGAUGAAUUUGAAAGAACAUUAAAUUA